AACUAGUGAAGAAAGUGAAGAAUAUCCGUUUUUAUGUUUAUUUAGCGAUAACUGCUACACAACAGUUAAGCUAAGCUAGCUAGCUUGUGAAGCUAACACGUUAGCGGCGGCUAGCGGUGGACAGGUGCGGCAAUUAACGCUCCUCCUUCCCUCCUCGCAUCGUCUGUGUGUAUCUGGACCGCUGUUACCACUUCUUUAAAGGGUUUGCAAACCAAAGCAAUAUUAUUUUAACUUUACCGAGCCCAUUUAUACAAAUAUAUGACUUUGUAAUUUGCUAUUAAGGCAGAUACUAGCAAACGCUGUUCUCAGAGCAGUUACUGUGGCACUGCCUGGGUGCAGGUGACUCCUCGCUGCAUUCAAACAUGCUCUUUUCUUGACUGCCACGCAAGAAACAGUUGUUUUCCAUAUCACGGAGGGGUGUAAAACUCACGGAAGGCCCAGUUAGUGCAGCUGGCCUUCCACAGAGAACUUCUAGAAGAGCCCAAAUGACUGGAAAGAUGUUAUCGUCACACAGCUCUGUGCAGACACUCGCCGCCUUCAGCUAUUUUAAUGAUCAUGACAGACACUGUUGCUGCAGGUAGCUCUCAGGCUACAGCUGGCUCCACUCGCCCACCAGCUCCCUCUUUUACACUGAUCGGGAAUUAACAAGGGAAUUGAUAAAGAAUCAGACAGGACGACUAUGUUGAGAAAAAGCUGCAGUCGUCUGAGGUCAGCGUUCUCCCUCAGCUGCCCGCCCUGGUUGUCUGUCUUCUUGUUAUGCAGCGCAGGUCUCAUGAGCACAGAAUUGAAAUGUGCGCGAGGGAUGCAGCUGACAUCUACGGGUCCGCAGACCAUUCAAAAGGCUGAGGGAGAGAGCGUGAUUUUGGGCUGCACUUACACACCGAGCCCUCUUGACACCGGAGACCUUGACAUUGAAUGGUCUGUGGUCAGUCCAGACAGCACGCAGAAGGAUCAGAUGCUCAUGUCCUACAGCAGCGGCACUAGAUACGUCCAUGGUAACCCUGCUCUUGCAAAGGAACUCAGCUUUGCUGCUCCUGACCCCUCAAUGGGUGACGCUUCGAUCUCAAUCUCGGUGCUGUCACCUGCUCAUAGUGCUACCUACCAGUGUAAAGUGAAGAAAUCACCUGGAGUGGACAUGCGCAAGGUUUCACUUGUGGUACUGGCGAAGCCGUCUGUGCCUAAGUGCUGGGUGGAGGGAGGGGAGCUGGUCGGCGAGGCUCUGUCUCUCCACUGCAAGUCUGCAAAAGGCUCCACUCCCUUAAAAUACACGUGGAGGAGAGAAAGUGCAGGCCCCAUCCCUGCUGCAGCCACGCAGAACAGCGUGACUGGCGAGCUAAAAAUCAGCAACCACUCUCAGAGCUUCGCAGGAUUUUACCUUUGUGAGGUGAACAAUGCUGUUGGAGCCGAACACUGCAGGAUCAACCUGAAAGCGAACAAACCCCCAAACAGAGCGGCGAUGAUUGUCGGCACCAUUGUGGGCUCUCUGCUCCUCAUCCUCAUCCUGCUGGUCUUCAUCGGACUUCUAUACUGGAAACUAAGCAACAGACUUCGCUUUGAGAAGGAGUUCUCCAAUGACAUCAGGGAGGACGCUCCGCCUCCCGAGAGCCGCCCGGUCAGUCGCCACACGAGCAGGAGUGCCAGUCAGCACCCGCAGGUUACUUACUGCCCGGUUGGCAGCGCCGAGGUGAGCUCUUUAAGUGACGGACACACACACACUCCCUCCAGCAACAGCCAUGGACAUACACCCCUCAAAUAUGCACCAGUGGAAUAUGACAGCAAGUACGGAUACGCAGUGUGAGAGUGAACAACAGAGCUGAAGUGAGACGCAUUUAACUCUCAUUGUGAUGGUUCAAUAGACCCUUGAAGACCGUUUGGACACGUGAAACUGAAAUUUGGAACAGUGUGCAUCUGCCAUGGGUCUAAUUAAUUGAAUUCUAAACUGUGCUGUGUGAAUUUAACAUUGUUUGUGAUAAUUACUUUGAGAUAAGCGUAGUCACUUAUGAAGUUCUUUUAUUGUUAAAUAAUGCAACACUAUCAUUUCAUUCAACAUGGAUGUGAAUACUGUCGUAACAGAGACUUUAUUCUAGAACUUAUUAUAGACAAAUACAACGUCCGGGUAGAGAACUGGCAGUAAUUUGAAUUGCGGAGAUAUGUGAAAUAGGCAUCUCUGUUUAUUUCCGUUGUCAUCUAUCAGCCGUAACUGUAGCGUUUAUAGAUAUAGUUAAACACCUACGUGACGUUCCUGCUGUGCUUAUUUUAUGUAUUACUAUGUUACUUUGCUAAUGUCGUCUAAAAACCAAAUCCAUCUUUAUGCAGAUUACAAGGGAGCCCCGACCCACACUUUCAACACCUUGCAAAGUCAGCAACUUCGGGCAAGUUUUGGAAAACAGUUUGUUACUGUAUGAUCGGAAUGUAGGCUAUACACACAACAGAUGGUUGGACUAGCGGAAACUCAUCAGCAACUCGGUUGAACACAGCGUCAAAAUAUUUAAACAAAUCGACUUACCCGAACAAAAUCGAUCAGAACUAGAAGACGUUGUAGGCGCCUCCUGUUUUCAGGAUUUCUUCUGUUUUGAUUCAUCAGACGGAGAAGAAUAAACACAGCACACGCCACAACACAAGCGCUGGAGCUGGCAUUUUCAAACCUGAGUUACCUAACCCUAACCCUAACCCUAACCUGACUGCUGGUAUCUUGCAUCGCUACUUGUGACGUAUGCCUGCAUGUUGCAGUGGUGUCUCAAUUCUUAGGGAAAGAUCUCUACCCUAAUAUUUCUCACUUCCCCCAUCAAGGGUUAUCUCGCAAGGCACUCAAUACCAAGUGGAAGAUUUGAGGGGUAGAAAUGGGAUUGGGCCCAGGUCUCCAACCUAACGUUAAUGCAUUAUAGAUAAAUGAGAUGUACCGUAAAACUUAAAUCAAUAGCCCGGACUAGUUGCUUAAAUCACUGAAAUCAGCGGGUCUAUAUUUGGGACAGGCCUUUACUUCCUUUCACACAAAACUGUUGCUCAGCAAAGAUGGGAAAUACGAUCAAAUUGUUUAUUCAAACCACUUAGGUUUCAGAUCAGUGGUUGCCAACUGGUUGGUCUUAAUCCAAAAGUGGGUCGCAGGUCCACUGUGAAUGGACCGCAAGUGACUUACAAACCUGUGUUUGUAGAGUGAGUGAGUAACGCACAGCUACUUAGACUCACAAGUCAGUCUUUAGACGCUUUGCUUAACCACAGACUGAUGACUUUCUCCCUGAUUUUGUGUUUAGAUGGGCGGAUACAAUUUCAGAGUUUAAAAAAACUCCCUACGUUGCAGAACCAAUAGUAAAUCCGCAGGGCGGUCCUUCGGUGGCUCGCUGAACUCUUGUGCUCGUAAACAUAGUCCGACUGCGUUAAAAGUUUUAAACAAAGUCGCUGUAAGUCCUUCAUUUCCACAAUCUUGUGGACUGAGCACACAUUUGAUAAAACGGAGUUAAAUCUCUCGGCAUCCAUUUUCAAGCUCUCUGUGUGUUUGUUUCCUUGCGGACGAGAAAAGGGGGAGCGCACAUUUCCGGGAGGGCGUGUCAUUUUAAAAAAUGCAAGAGGUGUUGCUUUGUUGCCAGCUGUUUUCUCCAGUGUGUUAAACACACUUUUGAAAAGGGCGUCCCCAGACUAUCAGAAGGCGGAGAUCUCUGGCGAGACUAACGGCUACUUAACAGAGACAGAAAACUAGCUUGAGAACAUGGCCAAACCAAAGUAUGACGCUCAGUGUAUUAACCUGUAUGGACCUUGAACUAAUGACCUCAUGUCUACACCAGUUGGGAACCACUGCUUCAGAUAGUAUAUCAAUUUUAAAUCAUUCAUUUGAUAUAGUUCUGACAGACAGCGCAUCAGAGACAGUGAGUUAAGGCAUACCACUUUAUCCUGUUAGAACAAAACUUGUACAGAACAGGCGUCUAAUUGAGACACUUUGAAAUAACACAUGCUGAGAGCUGUCUUUAAACAUAUAGAAAUCUAAGAAAUCCAAACCCUUCUCCACUCUUUUAUGCUCCAUGCCAUUAAAUUGUACAUAGGUGACGUAGGCGUUUUCUACCCGGACGUUAUUGUGAACAAACAUUGUGAUUUAAUCUAUUCUGACUUUUAACUGCACACUGAAAUAAACUGUUUCCUGGAUUUUAUAAGAGGGAGUUCAGGUGUUUUUAUUAUUGGCAGUGGAACAUCCAAAACUCAAUUUACAAAAUAAAAAUACAACAAAACAAUUCAGUCUGAAAUUUAAACCAAGAGAGAAAUAUUUAUUUCAUGAUAGACCUUAUUUGGAAAUACUCAACCAUUCAAAAAAAAAAUGUACACGAUUAAGUACUUAUUUUUUUGAGGACGUAUUGACAGGAGUUGUAAUAUCAAUAGCCACAUGCAAUGGGAUUUUGUCCACUACAUAAACAGCGACUAGA